AUGAGAGACACUGGGCCAGGUGCAGCCCAUGUCUCCUUAACUCAUACUUCCUUGUUAACUCCCGUCCCACGCCCACACCACCCGUCCCACGCCCACACCACCCGUCCCACGCCCACGCCACCCGUCUCACGCCCACGCCACCCGUCUCGCGCCCACGCCACCCGUCUCGCGCCCACACCACCCGUCCCGCGCCCACACCACCCGUCCCGCGCCCACACCACCCGUCCCACGCCCACGCCACCCGUCCCACGCCCACGCCACCCGUCUCGCGCCCACGCCACCCGUCUCGCGCCCACACCACCCGUCUCGCGCCCACACCACCCGUCUCGCGCCCACACCACCCGUCCCGCGCCCACACCACCCGUCCCACGCCCACACCACCCGUCCCACGCCCACGCCACCCGUCUCGCGCCCACGCCACCCGUCUCGCGCCCACACCACCCGUCCACGCCAACACCACCCGUCCCACGCCAACACCACCCGUCCCACGCCAACACCACCCUUCCCACGCCCACGCCACCCGUCUCGCGCCCACGCCACCCGUCCCGCGCCCACGCCACCCGUCCCGCGCCCGCGCCACCCGUCCCGCGCCCGCGCCACCCGUCCCGCGCCCGCGCCACCCGUCCCGCGCCCGCGCCACCCGUCCCACGCCCGCGCCACCCGUCCCACGCCCGCGCCACCCGUCCCACGCCCGCGCCACCCGUCCCACGCCCGCGCCACCCGUCCCACGCCCGCGCCACCCGUCCCACGCCCGCGCCACCCGUCCCACGCCCACGCCACCCGCCCCACGCCCACGCCACCCGUCCCACGCCACCCGUCCCACGCCACCCGUCCCACGCCACCCGUCCCGCGCCACCCGUCCCGCGCCCGCGCCACCCGUCCCGCGCCCGCGCCACCCGUCCCGCCCGCGCCACCCGUCCCGCGCCACCCGUCCCGCGCCACCCGUCCCGCGCCACCCGUCCCGCGCCACCCGUCCCGCGCCCGCGCCACCCGUCCCGCGCCACCCGUCCCGCGCCCGCGCCACCCGUCCCGCGCCACCCGUCCCACGCCACCCGUCCCGCGCCACCCGUCCCGCGCCACCCGUCCCGCGCCCGCGCCACCCGUCCCGCGCCCGCGCCACCCGUCCCGCGCCCGCGCCACCCGUCCCGCGCCACCCGUCCCGCGCCCGCGCCACCCGUCCCGCGCCACCCGUCCCGCGCCCGCGCCACCCGUCCCGCGCCACCCGUCCCGCGCCCGCGCCACCCGUCCCGCGCCCGCGCCACCCGUCCCGCGCCACCCGUCCCGCGCCCGCGCCACCCGUCCCGCGCCCACGCCACCCGUCCCGCGCCCACGCCACCCGCCCACACCACCCGUGGACGUGUGACUGACGGUGUUGAGGAAGGUGAGAGGCAACAGCCGACGGCCUCCAGUAAAGUGACGGCCUCCAGUAAGGUGACGGCCUCCAGUAAGGUGACGGCCUCCAGUAAGGUGACGGCCUCCAGUAAAGUGACGGCCUCCAGUAAGGUGACGGCCUCCAGUAAAGUGACGGCCUCCAGUAAGGUGACGGCCUCCAGUAAGGUGACGGCCUCCAGUAAGGUGACGGCCUCCAGUAAAGUGACGGCCUCCAGUAAAGUGACGGCCUCCAGUAAGGUGACGGCCUCCAGUAAAGUGACGGCCUCCAGUAAAGUGACGGCCUCCAGUAAGGUGACGGCCUCCAGUAAGGUGACGGCCUCCAGUAAGGUGACGGCCUCCAGUAAGGUGACGGCCUCCAGUAAGGUGACGGCCUCCAGUAAGGUGACGGCCUCCAGUAAGGCGACGGCCUCCAGUAAGGUGACGGCCUCCAGUAGGUCAGAGGGAACUUGGGUCAGAGGGAACUUGGGUCAGAGGGAACUUGGGUCAGAGGGAACUUGGGUCAGAGGGAACUUGGGUCAGAGGGAACUUGGACCAGAGACAACUUGGACCAGAGACAACUUGGACCAGAGACAACUUGGACCAGAGACAACUUGGACCAGAGACAACUUGGACCAGAGACAACUUGGACCAGAGACAACUUGGACCAGAGACAACUUGGACCAGAGACAACUUGGACCAGAGACAACUUGGACCAGAGACAACUUGGACCAGAGACAACUUGGACCAGAGACAACUUGGACCAGAGACAACUUGGACCAGAGAUAA